CAGUCCUCGGGAAUGCAGUUAUUGCCACUUUGAAUGAUAUCGCGGUCGCCGUUAGUGAUAAGUCCAAAGUUAGUGAUAAGACCGGACAUAUCCUUCGCACGGGGAGUCAGUCUCAAUAACUCUGCACACGAGACGGCUACCAUGGCGUCACUUUGGCCCUUGACUUUCCUGUCCGCCGUAUGGCUGGCGUCAGCUGCGGAUCCCAUGGGAGAAAGGGACGUUGGAAAUGAGUCUUCCUCUGACGUGUCUACGAUCCUCAAGGGGCUCAAGAGACCAACGUACAAGGAGACAGAGAUGGCCUGGCACGUGGAAGGGAUUCGUAAAAUGAUUAGCAAGGCCCACAGCUUAGGACCACGCCGCCAGUACAGCGAUCGCUUCGUACUGAACGGGUACGCAGCUCAAUUAAGUGCUAGAGUAGAUCGCAGACAGGGAGAACUAUGGCUGGGAUUGUUCUUUGCCCUGUGCAAAGGUCCCACGGACCAGUUCCUCGCAUGGCCCUUCAGGACGUCUUACACUCUAACUCUCCUCCAUCCGACGAAGGAAGCGUUGGACAUUUCGAACACCAUCUCGGAAUUUUCACCCGUCACAUUCAAGAACUUCAAGAGACCAACGGACGGUUGCAACGCCGGGCGCGGAUUCCCCAUGGUGAUAAGAGUGUCGGAAGCUGACGAGCAAGAAUACAUAGUGGACAAUGCCGUUUCUGUUCGUAUUAAGCUGAAUCUGUAGUGAACGCUAUGCUCGCUGAUUGUCUAUAGCGAAUUUCGGUGGUCAUUUCAUGGCAACGCGACCUAGCGCUUGGAAGUUCCUAGGCCGGCGCCCGAGCUCAAUCACGUGACCGUUGCCUCCAGAAGAUGGGUGCCAGGAAUCUAGCGGUUUUAGUCGCUUGGAUCACGCUAUAGGGGCAUCGCUGUCGCUCGUCUCCGGGUCCUGUCGUCUGCUUACCCACCUGAACUUCGCCGUGCUGGCCAAUGAGGGCGCUCGCUGCCCUCGCGACGCGGAUAUGACGACACCGGACGUAGUUGGGCAAUCCGCUGCCCGGACACUUCGAGGUCGGGCGAAAAAAAAAAGUGUUAUCCUGCAAAUUCUUGGCGCUCGAAAAGUGCCACGAGAUGGCUAAAGUGGCGAGAGCAGGCGGGAUCAGGCAAAAAAAAAAAAAGAAGGACAAAAAAAUUGCCAUGGAAUGACCACCCGAAUUCUCGAUAGAUAACUUGAUGCGUCGUGAAGGCUAACACAACGCUCCCGUCAUGUAAUGUUAGCGUUUGUAUUAGCUUUCUCGACGCUCUCGCCGUUUUCCAAUCGCUCAUUGACGGUACGUCGUAUUUUGUGACACGUUGACAAUAAAAUAUGGCAAAGCA